GACGUUAACCCUUAAAAGCCGAAACGUCCCUUCCAAGGGACAUUGCAUUAAUGGCUAUAGAACGAAGGAAUUAAGUCGUAUCCACAAGAGCUACUAUUUUGUCGAAUGAGAACAGCCAGAGGGAUAGUAUCAUAAGAAAAAAAUCGUGUCAAAAUAGUGGUCAGACACCAAAGUGUAGCUUUUAGAGUGUGUGACUUUUCAACCAUAGUUGGUUACUUGGAUAUUUCUGUCUGAUGAUAUAUGCAACGUGGAUUUCGAGUGAUAUCAUUAGAAAUAAUUCUAAACUAUAAUAUAAAACAACUUUGUGCGUUUUAAACUCGUCUACUAAGGUGUUUUGAAAGUAUAAAAAAGUGCCAUUUUAUGGGAAAUUUUGGGCAUAAUCCUCAGGGUAUUCGCAACUUUUCGCUCUAUAGAUAAUUAGAGAUAUCUUAAAAUUUCAUCAGCGUGAACUUACAGUGAUCCUGAACCAUAUAACAGGAUCACCCAAGCAAAAAUUUGUAACGAUCAUACUUCACCCAGGUCAUCUGGGUGGAAAAAUUUUUUAGUCCCACCCAGCACUUCCAACCACGGUUUGUGCAUAUUGGGGGUUUAAACUCUCUAUUUAUGUGAUUAAUUCUUUCUCCAUUUCACAAAAACCCUCUUCGGCUUUUAAGGGUUAAAUAUCUCGAGAACGAAAGAGUUUCAAGAGCUGAAAUUUUUAGCGUUUUCAUAUCUUAGUUAGGACUACAUGCUAACAAAAUUUCAUUGAAAUCUGAGGUGCUGAUUGAGUAAAUGUAUGCAUAAAUAUGCUGUAAUACCGCACAUGAGCUCAUAAGGAUAUUUUUAAAGAAACUUUAUGCAGGAAAAUGCAUUUGUACAAAUUUUUGAAGGCAUGACUCGAUGCAUCUUGAUGUGCUCUUUCAUGUGAGAGUGCUCUCGAAACUAUCUAUAGCGCUGAUCCACCCGGUAUGGCCUAAAUAUCUACUCCAUUGAUCCAGUGAUUCCGACGAGAGAAAACUUUGAUAUUCAGUAUCAUCAUACAUCAUCAGAUACUUUUAAUACCAUCAAACGAUAGUCCAUUACCAAUAGCAUUUUAUGAUAGAAAAAUCACGGUUCUAUCUACUAUGGUUCGUAAGAUAUUGAAAAAUUACUGAGGGUCAUUGAACAAGAGACGUGGUCGAAAUGAUUGUUACUUAUGACACUUGUCCUGCUUAUAUCUCCUGAACCGAUUAUUCGUUUGAGCUGAAACUCUGGAUUUAUUCUUAACAUGUCAUGGCCUACUUACUGUAAAAACAUCACCCAAAUCGGAGAUGGUCAUUGCGCAAAGUUGGGUGUGGCUUAGGUGCAAUGACUCUUAUGAUAAUGUAAAUGAUGGUAUUUUAGUCAAAAGACGAUAAUAAUAUAAGAACUACAAAAUAAAAUUAGAAAUGUGUCUAAUUCGAAAUCAACUCGAAUGACUUUAUUCUCAAUUUCAUUCAGAACAAUGGCAAUCGAAUAUAUCCGAAUUGAACCUCAAACAAAACGGAUUCGUUAUUAUUUAGGCAGAAGUGGUUUACUUCAUAUUCAAAACAUACAAUUUUUUUUGGAAGAAUUCGUUUUGAUAUUUAAAUUUUCAAAUAUUAAUAGGUCUUGUUAAAAAUGAAAUUGAUUCAACACGAAUUUGUCUUUUGAUCAAUUUGAAACAUUUGAAUUNAAAAAAAGAAAAUAUAUUUGUACAUUAUUUCAGGAAAAUCAAUCAAUACAAUUAAAACCAGAAGAAAAUCCAAAUUUAUUUGAAGGUGAUAUUCGUUUUCCUGUUGAAUCAAAACCGACGGGGAGUCGUAGCGUGGCACGUCGUGGCGCUUCUGUGGCCUGGCCAAAUGGAAUUGUGCCCUAUGAAAUUCUUCCAGGAUAUGCAUCAAAGGAACAAGCAUUUAUUAUUUCCACAAUGCAAAAAAUGGAACGAUUAAUCUCAGUUAACAAUUACAAAUGUAUUCAAUUUCGACCGAAAACUCCGUCGGAUAUUUAUUACAUAAGUAUUUACAAUGGAAUUGGAUGUUCAUCUUAUGUUGGACAAAAUGCUGGUGUUACUAUGCAACGAACUGUCACAUUACAACAUCCAGGAUGUGUCGAUGAAGGAAGAAUUAUGCAUGAAUUAUUACAUGCAUUAGGUUUCUAUCAUGAACAAUCUCGACCAGAUCGUGAUAAUUACGUUAGAAUUAAUUAUGCAAAUAUUCAACAUGGUAUGGAGUCAAACUUUGAUAAAUAUUCUAAUACAGUUGUCGAUACUCAAAAUACUUCGUUUAAUUAUGGAUCUGUGAUGAUGUACGAACGAACGGCUUUCUCAGUAAAUGGUCUUCCAACGAUAGAACCGCUGCAACCAAAUGUAACAAUUGGACAACGUGAUAAUAUGAGUACUAUCGAUAUUGAAGGAGUUCGAUUGUUUUAUAAUUGUUCAACAUUUACCGUCACUUUACCACCAAUCCCAACAACAACAACAGCUAAUUUGUAUGUCAUAAAUACAACAAUCUCUUCGUCAUUAACAAAAAAUAGUCCAAAAUAUACUCGUUUCAAUGGUUCAGAACCAAAUUACAAUUAUGAUCAAUAUGCAAUUAUUGUUCCUGUUACUGGUUCUUAUAUUUUCAUGAGUUCUAGUUCAAUGAAUACAUAUGUCGAAUUCUACGGUCCAAGAUCGGGUUCAUUGUAUUAUACUUUGAUUGCAUUUGAUUGA